AUGAAGCUCACGGUCUAUUGCUGGUCCCGGUUUGGAACCCUGCUGAUCUCACUGAUGUGUUUGAUAUUAAGAUCACAAGCCGGAGUGGUGGACGACUUCUCCCAAGUAGAUCGCUGUAAGGAUUUUCUUUAUAUGGGCACUCCACCACGAGGUUACUUCAGUACUUCCCUAAAGAAGAUCUGCCAGCGCUAUGUGAACAAGCCUCGCUUUGUUACCCUCUACGACCCCCAAAAACACAUCCCCAUAUAUUCAGCAUACAUCUUCAAGAAAUCAGAUGGGGAGAAACGGGUAGACAUUCCCUGGAUGUUUGAACCACAGCUGGCAACUGAGAAAGGAAGCAGUAACAUGGAACCCUUUCCUCAGUCUUCCUUAAUGCACAAAAACUUUGAAGACACGCAGGCCGUGUUAGAAGACUACGCCGAUGUAAUGGCUCUCAUUUUAUUCUCCACCUACCAGUGA